GCAAGGAUGAGCGCAGAGCAAGCGGCGAAACGUAUUCGUACAGACUCAGGUGGGUCGUUCACCAAUCAAGUGGCAAUUGUAACAGGAGGUGCAAGUGGCAUUGGAAAAGGAAUCGUCCACAUGCUAGCAAAAGAAGGCGUCAAAGUUGCCAUAUUCGACGUCGUGCAGCCCAACAUUGAUUCCACAGUGAAGGAAUUAAAAGACAUCGGGCACGAUAUCAGUGCUAGGCUAGUGGACGUAGCGGAAGAGUCGUCCGUCCAGGAGGGCAUGCAGUCUGUUGUAGACUCGUACGGACGGCUGGACAUCGUUGUGAACUGCGCUGGAAUUGUGGGUCCAAACGGUGUCAAAACUGAAGACGUUACAGUGCAAGACUUCGACCACGUGUACAAGGUUAAUGUCACUGGAAGCUUCCUAGUGACCAAGCAUGCUAUCAAACAUAUGCUACCACAAAACUAUGGCAGAAUUCUUCUAUUUGCAUCUGUAGCAGGAAAGGAGGGCAAUGCAGGAAUGAUGGCAUACAGUACAAGCAAAGCAGCCGUCAUUGGCCUAAUCAAAUCAGUCGGGAAGGAAUAUGCAGAGACCGGAAUAACGGUCAAUGCUGUGGCACCCGCAGUCAUUCGCACACCAAUGGUAGAUGGCAUGAAACAAGAGCAGGUAAAACGUUUAACAGACAAGAUACCAAUGAAAAGGUGUGGUACUAUUGAUGAAAUAAGUUCACUUGUUCGAUUCAUUGUGUCACCCGAGUCCAGUUUCAAUACAGGGUAUUGCUUUGAUAUGACAGGUGGAAGAGCAACCUACUGACACCACGACAUCAAACUUUACAGUAAACACAAUUGUCGUGUAAUAAUUCAUUGCCUGUCUUUACGACAUCAAGUCACUGCACAAUCAGUGCAACAUAGGUUACAGUGUUAAUAAAAUUUUACCUACA